GUUUCGUUGCAGUAGCAGGUACAUCGUAGGGGCUGUGCAGAUUGAAACAAAACUACGCUGCGCUAUGAACACGGGCUGGCGUACCUAGAAUUCGACUUGCCUACCUACCUAUGGUACCAGUAGUUGCGAGGUAAUCAAACAGCCCGUCCCAGGUACUGCCAAUCUGCUCUGGACAUCCUGCUCCUGUCUUUUUUUUUUUUUUUUUCUCUUGAUCUUUCUAUCUCUUUUGCACCUGCAUCCCGACUCAAAAGAUUGCAUCGGAUUGAAACCCUCUACGCUGAGAUUUAGACUUUUGACAACCACGGUGACGACAUCUGCAGCGCUGGUGUUGGUUGUCUUGGUUGACGUGUGUAAUAUCGCGCCUUCAUUACGGGUAUCCGAACUCACCCAGCCCAGCCCAGCCCCGUUUAGGCUGCUUAAUCCUACCUCGAUUCUCUUACAGCUACGGGCCUGAGCAUCUCGUAUUGCAUGCUACCCUCUUUUUAUCGACACAGCCAUAGCCUGGCUUUCUCGCUCGCGACAGAAUCCGCUCCGUCCCCCUCUAACCAUCGACCAUCGACCACUGACCACCGAACCGACCACUGACUACCUAACAAUCAUUUUCCAGCUUGUCUCGAGCUGCCGCUUGGACCGACAUCAAGAAACCGUGUCGGUUUCAACGCCUUCCGCAAACAAGCCGUUGUUACCUUUUCUCGUCUCCCAUGUCUUCCAUUGCUAUCCCUGUGUAAGCUUCUGCAUCCCUUGGCGACAUGGCCGGAAGGGCGCCUCUUGGAGGCUCUUCUGACUCGAGAAAUGACCUUCUCCUCGACCUCGACGACCAACCCACCUAUGGUGGACAGCGCGCUCACGUGAAUGACGACGAGUUGCUUCGCUCGUAUAACAACAAUAACCCUGGUAACGAAUUCCCCUCGCGCCAGUCUGUUUCCUACGAUGAUUUCAUUGGUGGUACAAGUCAGACAACACACCCUAGCGUGAAGAAUCCUCCCGCUGGGGCUCUUGCUUCGGGUCUUCGGCCGCCCUAUAUGGCCGAAAGCGAUAGACAGUAUAGUCAAACAUCUGAUUUGAAUAAUUACCGAAGGUACGCAGACGACUUUGACGAUUACCCCGAGGACGACCAAUCAUACUACCAACAUGGUGGAGGGUCGAUAAGCGGGGAUAACACGAUGCGCCGCGAGAACGCCCGGAAUCGCAAUAGUGUGUUAGGACUUGGUGGUGGGUUCUUGGGCAAAGCGAAGAGCAUGUUGGGGAUGGGGCAGGGCUACUCGGAGAUGGACCUUCCCCUAACAGACGCCGGACAUAGACGGGCAGAUUCGUCAGCUGAUUCUUCACGGCAAGCAAAGCAAAACAAAAAGUUUGAGCUGAAGAACUUCAAGUUUGGGUUUGGGAGUGGCAAGCCAGAUCCUUCCACAUUAGGUCCUCGGAUCAUACAUCUCAACAAUCCACCUGCUAAUGCAGCGAACAAAUACGUCGACAACCACGUCUCUACCGCCAAAUAUAACGUCGCCACCUUCUUACCGAAGUUCCUCAUCGAGCAGUUCUCUAAAUUCGCUAACGUUUUCUUCUUGUUCACGGCCGCGCUACAACAGAUUCCUGGGCUAUCACCGACGAAUCAGUACACCACCAUUGGCCCCCUUAUCGUUGUUUUGCUGAUUUCUGCGGCGAAAGAGCUUGUUGAAGAUUACAGGAGAAAGCAAGCAGAUAGUGCUUUAAACAAUUCGAAAGCUCGGGUGCUGAGAGGGUCGAACUUUGAAGAGACAAGAUGGAUCAACGUAGCGGUGGGGGAUAUUGUGCGUGUUGAAUCUGAAGAGCCCUUCCCCGCCGACAUGGUGCUUCUUGCAAGUUCAGAACCCGAAGGUUUAUGUUAUAUCGAAACAGCUAACCUCGACGGCGAGACAAAUCUCAAAAUCAAACAGGGUCUUCCUGAGACGUCAGCGUUGGUCAGUCCCGCCGAGCUGAGCCGGCUAGGAGGCAGGGUUCGUUCUGAACAGCCUAACAGCAGCCUCUACACGUACGAGGCGACGCUAACUAUGCAAGCUGGCGGUGGAGAGAAGGAGUUGCCACUGAAUCCAGAACAGUUGUUGCUCCGAGGCGCUACCCUUCGAAAUACUCCGUGGAUUCACGGUAUAGUUGUCUUCACAGGCCAUGAGACGAAGUUGAUGCGCAACGCAACAGCUGCCCCGAUUAAGCGAACAAAAGUUGAACGACAACUCAAUAAGCUCGUGCUUGCAUUGAUCGGAUUACUCUUGAUUCUCAGCUCCAUCUGCACCAUCGGCGACUUAGUAUACCGUGCUGUAUCAAACGACUCAGUUUCUUAUCUCGAGUUGGAUCCACUGAAUGGUGCUGGUAAAGUUGUUGAGGCCAUCUUCAAGGAUCUUGUUACAUAUUGGGUACUCUUUUCGUCUCUGGUUCCAAUCUCACUGUUCGUCACGAUCGAACUUGUCAAAUAUUGGCAUGGCAUACUGAUCAACGAUGAUCUUGACAUCUACUAUGAUCAAACAAAUACACCAGCCAACUGUCGGACGUCAAGUUUAGUCGAAGAACUGGGCAUGGUCGGGUUUGUCUUCUCCGACAAGACGGGCACUCUGACAUGUAACAUGAUGGAGUUCAAACAAUGUUCAAUAGGGGGCAUCCAAUAUGCGGAAGAAGUUCCCGAAGAUAGGCGAGCCACUGUCCAGGAUGGUGUGGUAGUGGGAAUCCAUGAUUUUAAGCAACUUCAAGAAAACCUCAAAUCGCACCAGACGUCCGAAGCUAUCAAACACUUCUUAGCUCUUUUAGCUACUUGUCACACUGUUAUUCCUGAACGGGAUGAGAAAGGCGGUAACAUCAAAUAUCAAGCUGCAUCACCCGAUGAAGGGGCUCUCGUUCAAGGCGCUGUGACCAUGGGUUAUUCGUUCCUUGCGCGCAAGCCUCGAACUGUCAUUAUUGAAGUCGAUGGUCAGGAGUUGGAAUAUGAGCUUCUGGCCGUAUGUGAAUUCAAUUCCACGAGGAAACGUAUGUCUACUAUUUAUCGCUGCCCUGAUGGAAAGAUCCGACUGUACUGCAAAGGUGCGGAUACUGUCAUCCUGGAGCGCCUCAAUGAUGACAACCCGCAUGUCGAACAGACACUUUUGCACCUGGAAGAUUAUGCCUCCGAAGGUCUACGAACCCUCUGUUUGGCAAUGCGGGAGGUUCCCGAAAACGAAUUCCAAGAAUGGUAUGCCAUGUUUGACAAAGCUCAAACAACUGUAGGUGGAAACCGAGCCGAUGAGCUAGACAAGGCCGCCGAAAUCAUUGAACGUGAUCUAUAUCUACUUGGUGCCACUGCUAUUGAAGAUAGACUUCAAGAUGGGGUGCCAGAAACUAUUCACACAUUACAAGAAGCCAAUAUCAAAGUCUGGGUUUUAACUGGGGAUCGACAGGAAACCGCUAUCAACAUUGGUAUGAGUUCAAAGCUCCUAAGUGAAGAUAUGAUGCUCCUCAUUGUCAACGAAGAAAACGCAGCUGCUACACGCCAGAAUAUCCAAAAGAAACUAGAAGCUAUCAGGAACAAUGCCGAAGGUUCGGUGGAGAUGGAUACGCUAGCUCUAGUCAUUGAUGGCAAAUCCCUCACUUACGCGUUGGAGCCUGAGAUGGAGAAAAUGUUUUACGACCUUGCUGUCAUGUGCAAAGCCGUCAUUUGCUGUCGUGUAUCGCCACUCCAGAAAGCUUUGGUUGUAAAGCUGGUUAAGAAAUUUUCCGAUGAGAUCCUCCUCGCUAUUGGCGAUGGAGCGAACGAUGUGUCUAUGAUUCAAGCAGCCCAUAUCGGUGUAGGAAUCUCGGGCGUGGAGGGUCUUCAGGCAGCGCGAUCUGCCGACGUUUCAAUUGCACAAUUUCGAUUCCUGCGCAAACUGACGCUAGUUCACGGUGCUUGGAGUUAUCACCGGAUCAGCAAAACAAUCCUCUUUUCCUUCUACAAGAACAUUGCCCUUUACCAAACGCAAUUUUGGUAUGCCUUUCAAAACGUGUUCUCCGGUGAAAUCAUCUACGAAUCAUGGAUGCUUUCCUUCUACAAUGUAUUUUUCACUGUCUUGCCACCUCUCGCGAUUGGUAUUCUGGAUCAGUACGUGUCUGCCCGCUUGCUUGAUCGGUAUCCACAGCUGUACACGGCAGGGCAACGCAACGAGUUCUUCAAAAUCAAAACAUUUGCUGCUUGGAUUGCAAAUGCCUUCUUCCAUUCUCUAAUUUUGUAUAUUUUCUCCGAACUUAUUUGGUACGGCGACGGCGUUCUCCGUGACGGGACAAUCGGCGGCCACUGGCUCUGGGGCACGGGUCUAUACGCCUCGGUCCUAGCAACCGUCCUAGGGAAGGCUGCGUUGGUCACGAGUAACUGGACAAAGUACCAUAUAAUAGCGAUACCGGGUAGUUUUCUCUUCUGGUUUGCUUUUGUCGCGGUCUAUGGCACAGUUGCUCCCAUGCUCAAUGUUUCAACCGAACUGCGCGGAAUCAUACCGGUGCUUUUCACGAGUCCAAAUUUCUAUAUUCAGACGAUAUUUUUACCUCUCGCUUGCCUUAUCCGAGACGUGGCUUGGAAGUACGUCAGGCGAAUGUACUAUCCCCGAAGCUAUCACCACAUCCAGGAGAUUCAGAAGUAUAAUAUUCAAGACUAUCGACCAAGGAUGGAACAGUUUCAGAAGGCAAUUAGAAAAGUUCGCCAGGUGCAGCGAAUGCGAAAACAACGCGGUUACGCCUUCUCGCAGGCCGACGAAAGCCAGACGCGUGUCAUCAACGCCUACGACACAACGAGGGGUAGGGGACGAUAUGGAGAAAUGCCAGCAUCAACCGCGCCUCAAGGCAGGUAGCCAUUGGUUUGAUAGGGUGGCUAUGCGUGUAUAACGUUUUACUGGAGUCUGGUGCUAUGAUGACGACAUCCGGGUGUAUUAUUUAUGGCAUGAGCUGAUAUUCCAGGCUUAAUCAGAAUUGGGUGAUAAAUUACAUUUGUCUUCUUUUCACGAGAUAUCUGAUUUGCGGUCCCUUUCUGUCUUUGUCUCUCUGGCCUCGCGGUGUUAUUGCCCAUGGCUCUUUGCAAGUCUUUCUACGAUGAGUUCAGUUACCACGGCCGGCCCUUCUUAUUCUAGCUAGAUGAGGGUAGAAGACCCCAAUGAGAGAGCUGUAGCGUGAUCAUCACAACGAGGCGAGAUCCAUUCUUGAAUGAAUGACAGCAUCGUAAAAAAUACCUUUAGUUUUCACUCUGCGCUAUGAAGACUCGUUAGUGGCUAUUUUCGGCCUUCCAUACAUGCUGACAUAUCAGUUAUCGAAACAUUUCUACGAUUCAGACUGAUCAUCGCGUCAGUUGCUAUGCCUCGGGUUUUGCAUCAACUAGAAGUCGGUUGUCAAUUCUCACUAGUAAUACCACUAUUAGUGCUUAGUAUAUAGCAAUAGAGUGCCUCUUGGGACGAUGGCCAAGGAUAUUGUAUUAGUCAAUAACGGAUUAUCC